AUGGUGGUGGUGGGCAGUGGUGGUGCUGUCUGCACUCCCCUCACUGGGGGCAAACGGGGAGACCCCCCCAGAAGCCCCACCGGCACCCUGGACCCAGCUCUGGCUCUUCCGUUUCCUGGUGAAUGCCGCAGGCUAUGCCAGCUUCAUGGUACCUGGGUACCUACUGGUGCGGUACUUGAGACGCAAGAACUACCUGGAGACAGGCAGGGGUCUCUGCUACCCGCUGGUGAAGACUUGUGUGUUUGGCAACGAGGCCAAGUCUUCUGACGAGGUUCCUUUGACUUCCCGGGCCGAGGCCUCAGAGGCAACCCCCACUCGGCAGGCCCUGAAGCUGGUCUUCUGUGCCACGGGGCUCCAGGUGUCUUAUCUGACAUGGGGUGUCCUGCAGGAAAGAGUAAUGACUCGAAGCUAUGGAGCCACAGCCACAUCACCAGGGGAGCAUUUCACAGACUCCCAGUUCUUGGUGCUCAUGAACCGAGUGCUGGCACUAAUUGUGGCUGGCCUCUACUGCCUCCUCUGCAAGCAGCCCCGGCACGGGGCCCCCAUGUACCGGUGUUCCUUCGCCAGCCUAUCUAACGUACUGAGCAGCUGGUGCCAAUAUGAAGCGCUCAAGUUCGUCAGUUUCCCCACCCAAGUGCUGUCCAAAGCCACCAAGGUGAUCCCUGUGAUGUUGAUGGGAAAACUGGUGUCCCGCCGCAGCUACGAGCACUGGGAGUAUUUCACGGCGGCCCUCAUCUCCAUCGGGGUCAGCAUGUUUCUGCUGUCCAGUGGACCCGAGCCCCACAGCUCCCCGGCCACCACACUCUCGGGCCUCGUCCUACUGGCGGGCUACGUUGCCUUCGACAGCUUCACCUCCAAUUGGCAGGACGCUCUCUUUGCCUAUAAGAUGUCCUCGGUUCAGAUGAUGUUUGGGGUCAACCUCUUCUCCUGUGUCUUCACGGUGGGAUCCCUGCUAGAGCAAGGGGCUCUGCUGGAGGGGACUCGCUUCAUGGGGAGACAUAGUGAGUUUGCCGCACACGCUCUCUUGCUCUCCAUCUGCUCUGCAUGUGGCCAGCUCUUCAUCUUCUACACCAUUGGGCAGUUCGGGGCUGCCGUGUUCGCCAUCAUCAUGACCCUCCGCCAGGCUUUUGCCAUCCUGCUCUCCUGCCUCAUCUACGGCCACACGAUCACUGUGGUGGGCGGGCUUGGGCUGGCCGUGGUCUUUGCUGCCCUCCUACUUCGGGCCUAUGCCCAGAAACGCCUGAAGCAAAGGGGAAAGAAAGCUGCACCAGUAGAGCCCCCUGUACAAAAGGUUUGAGGAGCUGGCAAGAGGAACCCUCACCAGCUUCCUAGGGUACAACCUAAGGCAGGCUGGCUCAAGGGCAAGAUGCAGGUUUUCAGUAUCGAGCCAGCUUUGUGGCUGGAGAUGGGCAGCCCUGGAGGCAGCCCAGCCCCCUUCGCCUUAAGUCACCGCCCUUCCUCGUCAAAGUAUUGAGCCUGAGACAGGCAGAGGCAGGAAGGUCCGAGCAACUUUCA